AUGAAAGGGGAAAACUACAGAAUUGCACUAACACAAAAUGCUCGUCCCUUUGCUGUGGCAGCCCCUCGUAGAGUGUCCGCUCCAUUAUUGAGCAAAGUCAAAGAAGAAUUGGAUCGACUGCAUUCUGAGGGAAUAAUUGAGCCAGUGGUAGAACCAACAGACUGGUGUGCACCAAUUGUUGUUGUACCGCGUAAGACAGGUGAUAGAGUGAGGCUAUGUGUUGAUUAUACCGAACUCAACAAAAGCAUUCAGAGAGAAAGGUGGCAACUACCAACUGUAGAAGAAAGUCUAAGUAAAUUAGAAGGCGGACAAAUAUUUUCAUUACUAGACGCUACAAAUGGAUUUCUUCAAGUUCCCUUACAUCAUGAAAGUUACAAGCUUACAACUUUUAUAACUCCUUUUGGGCGAUUCUUUUUCAAGAGGUUACCAUUCGGUAUUAAUUCUGGCCCAGAGGUUUACCAGAAGAGGAUAUACCAAGUUUUGGAUGGACUGGAUGGGGUAGUAAACCAAGCAGAUGAUAUACUUGUGGUCGGUAGAACACAGGAAGAACAUGACCAUCGACUAGCAAAUGUAUUACAAAGAUUGAGAGAACACAAUGUUACACUUAAUAAAGAUAAAUGUAACAUUAAUGUGAACAGAGUUAAAUUUCUAGGACAUUUGAUUGAAAAUGGAUUGAUAAAGCCUGAUCCUGAGAAAGUGGAGGCCAUUAUGAAAAUGCAAACCCCAAAUAAUGUUAACGAGCUUCGGCAAUUUCUUGGCAUGGUUAAUUAUUUGAUGAAGUUUAUUCCUAACUUGGCUGAAGUUACAGCUCCAUUGCGAAUUUUACUUAAGAAAGGUUAUCAGUGGGUUUGGUCUGACGUUCAAAAGAGUGCUUGGGAUAAAAUUAAAUCCCUAAUUUCUUCAAAUCCAGUUCUGGUGUCUUACAACAAAAAUCGUAAAACCAGAGUUGCAGCUGAUGCCUCGUCAUUUGGCCUAGGAGGGGUGAUUGAACAAUUUGUGGAUGGAAAGUGGAAACCAAUCACCUAUGCAUCGAGAUCUUUAUCACCGACAGAGAUGCGUUAUGCUCAGAUAGAAAAGGAGGCACUGGCACUGACUUGGGCAUGUGAGAGAUUUUCACAGUAUGUUUUAGGAACCGAGUUUGAACUUAUGACUGACCAUAAACCUUUAGUUCAGGUGCUUGGAAGUAAACAAAUCGCUAGUUUAUCGGCGAGACUUCAGCGGUUAAGAAUGAGAAUGGCUUGUUUUAGAUAUAAAGUAACAUAUGUGAAAGGAAAGGAAUUUUAUGUACCAGAUGUUUUGUCUAGGAACCCCAUUAAGUCAAAUGAAGACAUAUUGGAACAAGAUUUGUUUGUUCAGAGUAUUUUAGAUGCUAUUCCUUGUUCUGACAAAAGGCUCAAGGAAAUCAAAGAAGCUCAGGAUACUGAUGAGGAAUGCGGAAGAAUUAAAUCCUGGAUUGUGAAUAACAAUUGGAAUAAAAAUUCGGUGUAUUGGAAGUACAGGACUGAUCUAAACAUCAGUAAAGGAUUCCUCCUUUUAGGCACAAGACUGUUUAUUCCAAAAUCGUUGAGAAAGGAAAUACUGAGUAAAAUACAUGAAGGUCACAUGGGAAUUGUCAAAUGUCGAAGGCGAGUGUAUGAAUCGAAACAAUGGACAUUCCGAGAUAAAGUGAAAACCAUAGAUUUUGUUCUUGUCUGGGAUGAGACAAAGAAAACCACAUCAGCGAAUGCCAUGGAAAAAAGAACAAUGUUUGAGAACAAUUUGAGAGCCGAGGGUUUGGAGCUGGAACAAGAAAUUAAUCAAGAGGCUGGAUUACAUUUUGUCAAGAUUCAUGCCCCGCUUGAUAUUCUGAAGCGCUACGCAGAAGUUCUUAAGCUGCAAAUGCCUGUAAAAAAUUUGUACAAAACAGCCCUGGAAACAGCAAGUUGGACUCGUAUGUCUGUAAGUUCUGCAUGGAAGCAGAGAUUCCCCCUAAGUCGAUGGUUUGAGACAGAUCCUUACGUAUUUCCUGACAACACUCCGGAACUAACAGCCCCGUACUCUCGUUCAAAAGAAUUUCUGUUUAAUGCAAACUCUCCGGAAUUCUUCACACCAGCUAAAAAGGCAAGAAUUGUUCAAUUUAUUUUGGAAAGGACUUUGUAUUUUAAACAUCACGAAGAAGAUUCGGAUGUGUUUGAGUUUGGCAUUAACAGGCUGCUGCUUCACGGAGUUUAUAUUGCUGCGUAUCCUCUACAUGACGGAGAUUUGAACACCCUGGGCAGUAUGCGCUACAGGUUCUACCACCACUGGGCAUCCUACAAGAACUGGUACAAGUAUCAGCCAGCAGACUACAUCAUGGAGUACUUUGGAGUCAAGAUAGCGCUGUACUUCCUGUGGCUUGGUCACUAUGUCAGCAUGCUAGUGCCGGCCUCUGUGGUCGGACUUUGCUGCUUUUUCAUCUCGGUUUUCCUUGAAACCACGUCAGGAACGGUGAAUGACGCUUGCCAAGGAAACAUCAAAGAUGUUAUCUGCCCUCUGUGCGACAGUUCUUGUGGCUUUUGGAAUCUCACCGAUUUCUGUGCCGAGGCUGAAAUUCUCUAUAUUUUUGACAAUACAUCGACUGUUUUUUUCGCCAUCUUCAUAUCCUUUUGGGCGGCAAUAUACUUGGAGACCUGGAAGCGGUACUCAGCUAAAAUAACUCUCCGUUGGGACUUGACGACGAUUGACAACAUGGAUGAGAACCCUCGGCCUGAGUACUCGGCAAAAUUGACAAAGUUGGUUGCCAAAAAGAAAGUCAACCGGCACCUGAACUUCAUAACAAACAUCAAGGAGCCGAGUCUGAGCUUUUGGAAGCACAUAUUCCCAGGGAAAGUAUUGAGCUUUGCAACAAUACUGCUGUUGAUUGCAGUGUCUACAGCAUGUCUGAUUGGAGUGACUCUGUACCAAAUGUUCAUAAUGACAGUUCUACCAGAUGACUGGCCGAUGUUCGCUACGUUCACUGCCACGGUUCUAAACCUGCUCUGCAUCAUAGCACUCGGUCCAGUUUUCAAGAAAGUGGCAAGGAUGCUGACCGAGGCGGAGAUGCAUCGCACGCAGAUUGAGUUCGACAACUCUUUCGUCAUGAAGCUCUAUCUGCUGCAGUUUGUCAACAAUUACUCGUCCAUCUUCUACAUCGCGUUCUUCAAGGGGAAAUUUAUCGGCACUCCGGCAGCUUAUCACCGAGUCUUUGGCUUCCGUCAACUGGAGUGCACGGCAGGUAGUUGCAUGCUUGAACUAACACAACAACUGGCUGUUAUCAUGAUAGGAACGAGAGCUUUUCGUACUUUCAAGAAGAUUAUCUGGCCGCACAUCCUGUACAAGUGGCGGAAGAGUUUCACCUCGGUCGGAGCGAGGAUAAGUGAUGGUGAUGCUGACCAGUGGGAGAAAGACUUUCUCUUGGUUGAGAAAGGCACACGUCUCAUGGUCUCUGAUAAACUUGAUAUGGUCUUCCAGUAUGGCUUUGUGACACUAUUUGCGGUAGCGUUUCCGCUUGCCCCGUUGUUUGCACUCAUCAACAAUAUAUUUACGAUCAGGAUCGAUGCCAAGAAGCUCCUGGUGUACCAUCGACGUCCGACGCUGCGUCGUACCAAAGGCAUUGGAGUGUGGUUCGAUAUUCUCAACUUUGUAUCCAAUUUGGCCGUAUUUACAAAUGGUUUCAUCAUUGCUUUCACCUCCAACUUCAUCCCUAGGAUGGUGUACAGACUGGCCUUCAGUUCUAAUCUGGGAGAAGCAGGCUACCUCAACUACACUUUGUCUUAUAUGGCUAUUAAAGAUCUCGACAUGAAGAAUAAACCCAACACCACGAUAGAGUAUUGCAGAUACUUGGACUUCAGAGAACCCCCAUGGUCUGAGAAUAAAUAUGGAGAGACGAGAAUGUUUUGGGUUGUGUUGGCAGCUCGUUUUGGAUUCUUUAUAUUUUUUGAGAAUAUUAUCAUGAUAGCUGUGAUACUGGUCAAGUGGUUAAUUCCAGAUAUCCCUCAAAAAGUAGAUUGGCAAAUGAGACGCAAGCACUUUGUCAUCAAUGAAACGAUCAUCAAUCGUGAAUCUUCCCAGAAGUCUUGGUGGUUCAUGAACUGGUUCAAAAGAGACCCAAAUGUAUCUCAGAUGGGCAGUGAAUAACAAACCUAAAAUAAACAACACAAGUGUGUCUGUGGGUUUGAUAUGUAUUUCAUAUGUAUUAAACUGAACAUCUGAAAAACAAGGAAGAAGAAAAAAUAUAAGAAGUACCUAAUAGUUCUGAUUUGGAACAAAGUUUGCAGAUUUUUGAA